AUGGCACUUUCCAAAGGCCUCGGCAACAAGCCAACGAAGACCCACGCGCGAGGGCGUGCUGCAGACGUUGAAGAGCGAGAGGAAGGACGUUUGGAGAGCAACGCCGAAGCUGACGAUGCUGCUCCUGCGGUGGCUGAGGCCUCGCCCAGCCGCGUCCCGGCUACCACCACCCUCGGUGAUGGUGGAGCCAUCAGGGAGGCGCUUGACGAUCUAGACUGUGAAGAGGAUGGAGAGGCAGAGGAUGCCGUUUCACCGAGCGCAACCGCGCCAUUUGCCGAGUCCUCGAAACGAGCGUGCAUCGCCGACGUCACUGCCCGGACUGAUGCUGCUCCAAGCACCUCCAAGCAAGCGGGGACUCCGCUGCCAGGCAGCCUGGAAUGCACGCGGAACGCUGGUGCUGCGGGCGAUAAAGCGUCGGUGUCACAGAGCAACGAGGUGGAGAAGCUGAAUCGGCAGUUGCGUGAGCAUCAGAAGGAGAUCGCGGCUCUGAAGGCGGCGCGUGGGUCGACAUCGUCGCAGAGUCUAACUGAGAACGGGUGCAACCAGACUGCUCCCUCGGGGAGCACACCUGUAGUUGGCUCGAAAUCCCGCCAGCCGAACCCGGGGGCAGGGCCAUCAAAUCGGUCGCUCGUCAUCCCAGUGAGAGGUGGCAUGCUGCAGUGGCAUGUCGAUGAUGACACCGGCCGUCCGUUCGCCACUGCUGUGUUUGACAUCAUGAUCAGAAAUGGUUUUCAAAAGGGCGGUGGAGGCCAGAAGACAGUGAUCAAGGCCUAUCAUAUCGCCUAUGCACUAUAUCUGGUGGAGUUUGCCAUCAUCAGGCAUAGGAGGAACGGUCAGCGGAUCCCAACAGACCCGGAUCUCAACGCUGACGACAUUGCCGACUACCACACCAAGGUGAAGGCCUGGAUCGUGAGCUACAUCCGAGCUACACCCACCCCAGAUCUGCCUGAGUGGUCCGAUGAGUACCAGGGGUGGGUGUUUGGGCCCACAAGAACUGUAGUGAUCUCAGGCAGCGGCCUCAGGGAGGUGACCCCUGUUGGAGCAGACCCAGAUGCGGCCGAGAAGAAGAGAGUUGAGCGAUUGUUGAGGUUUGCGAGAGUGAAGCAGGAGAGCAAGCUGCCUGGCCAGCAGCAGAAGAGCAAGGGGAAGGAGCCGGUGGAGUAUGAAGAGGAGGUGGAAGAGGCAUUGGAUAAUGAUGAUGAAUAUUAG